CUCAAACUUUCCGAGGAAAACAAGAAGGCAAGCCUGAUGUGGAGAAAGGAUCCUCCAGAUGGCUCAGUUCCUCAUGUUCUGUGCACAGCAGGCCUGACUGGUUGUCAUUACUUCGAGGUCACAUUGAGCCCAGUCCKUGYCACAUUUGCUGGCAUAGUUCUUGCAUGCAUUGGUGGAAAACCUGGAAAGCAAAAAACAUUUGRGCAUUAUCACAAAUAUYAUGCUUUGUCUUGUAURUGCGGAAUGUACAAGGCAGAACAAAGCCAAAGCAUGAGCUAUAAUGUUCAUCCUCCAGAAGGAUGUAACAGGUUUGGGGUGUAUUUGGAUUAUCCUGCUGGCACUGUGUCUUUCUUUGCUGUAUGGGGAAAAAUUCUGCAUCACCUGCACACCUUUAAAUACAACUUCACUGAACCAGUUUACCCAGGUAUUUACAUGAUACUUAAAGAUAACUAUGCAGCCUUCUGCCCACCUGAAUAAACUGAUCAUCAGAUGUUGGUGACGGACUUGGUUUGGUCAAGAUUUGUUGUGUAGCUAAAAGUAAAGCAAAUUAAAAACAUGAGAUGUUUAGCCUGCUAUAGUGUUUUAUCUCAUUAUCUAAAUCUACCAGGUAGUCAAAUCUUAGGGCACUAUUUUUUGGAUAUAGAAGCGAUAUACAUAUGUUUUGUUUUGUUGAGUAAAGCUUACGUGGAGCUUGAGAAUUUUUCAUUCAGUUUUGUGUUGAGGUUAACACAUGCCUUUUUGUGUUUAUCAGUUUUGUGUUUUUGUUAUAUAUUAUGUAAAACAUUGAGCUACAAGUAAAUGAUUGAAUAAUCAAACUAGUGAGUAAGAUAAAACCAUAGUUCAUGUUCUUCUGACAUUAUUGCUGGAUUUUUAGAUAUUUUGGCUUAGUUUUGUAUUUCAAGGAAAUGUGCUGCAUGCUGUCUUUUAAGCAGCUCAUCUGAAAUAGAAGCUGGAUGUUUUGUUGUAUAUGACCAAAGGUAUACUGAUKAUGUUUAAUGUCAUUUCUUAUUUUAUUUCUUAAGUUUUGGUAUUCCUUAAAGAAAUGUAAUGAUCCACUCAGGAAAAUGUUCUGGUGGACAUUUUGAUGUUAAUCAAGUAAUUCUUUGUUUUAAAACCAUAAUGUGGGCUCUCCAGCUUUGACUGUGUGUAAUGAAAUAAUCAAUAAAGCUUGAUCCUGAGUUGCUUAAACUGA